GGUGUAUUUGAUAUGGUAUGCGAGUAUAUGUAAAUAGUAUUGUAUAGAUGUGAUCGUUACUUAGAAAACAGGUGGUCAAGCGUAGUAAACGUUGGGUCUCAUUAACGACAAAAGAAUUCGAAGCACUAUGGCCGUUUCGCACAAAGGAUCCUGUCACUGUGAGACCGUAAAAUACACUGUUUUAGGAGAGGAUACUAUAGAAGUAUGGAGGUGUAACUGCUCAAUUUGUACUAAAAAGGGUAUACAAUGCUUCACAGUUGAGCCUGAUAAGUUCAAGAUAAUACAAGGAGAGGACAGUCUUAGCAUAUACACGUACAACACACACAUUGCAAAACAUACAUUCUGUAAGGUGUGCGGCUGUGUGCCAUUUUACUAUCCGCGAUCGGGCGGAGUGGGUAUCAGUAUACAGUGUCUCGAUCAGAGCACUGUUGAGAAGGUUAUAUGGCACGACUUUGACGGUGAGAACUGGGAGGAGUCCAUCAAGGGGUCCUCGGUUAGCAAAUAGCACUGAUGAAUUCAUCGUAAGUCAGAUAGGGACAGUACACACAUCCCGAUCCGGUGGAGUCGGGUUUUAGUUUCAGUAGACAAAAAUGGCUUGUACCCGUUGACAUACGUAGAUAAAUCUAUGCGCAACAAACCUCUCUGACCAUCAAUGAUUCCAGUAUAGUCCUAUAUGCAAAUGACUUUGUUCUUUACCAGAGUCGGUAUGUUUGGUCCUCAUACCCUUAAUAAACUGCAGAGCAAUGUCGCAUUCUCUUACUUACCCGA